UACUCCCAACAUUUACCCAGAAAUGCAAAAUGAUCACAUCAAACGACCCAUGAACGCCUUCAUGGUGUGGUCCAGGAUCAGAAGACGCCAAAUCACCAACGAAUACCCAAGACUUCACAACUCUGAAAUAUCUAAACUCCUAGGAGCUGAAUGGAAGAUGUUGGGUGAAGCACAGAAGAAACCUUUUAUAGACGAGGCUAAGAGACUGAGAAGUCAACACAUGUUGGAUCAUCCCAAUUACAAAUAUAGACCAAGGAGGAAAUCUAAGCUAGAAAGACCUAACAUUGAUAUGGGCAGAAUCAGUAUGGGUCCAUAUGUCGAUCCACUGCAGGCUUUAUCGAGGAAUGCUUAUGGGCCAUCACAAAUUGGAGAUACCAGCACACCUCCAUCGUUUCCUGUACACCAUCGGAUGGACUCGAACAUCAUCAGGACGAUCCAUGUUCCAGAUACAAAUUAUGAGAUAGCCAUCAGUAUCCCGUCUACUCCAGUCUAUGCAGAUUCGAUGUCUUACAGUAGACUACCAAGACCGGUACAGCAGAUCAAUCAAAACUACGAAGGUUUCAACUACCAAAUGGAUGCAUUGACGAAUUUUUCAAACACAAGUAGUACUUCUGGUCUACCGUCAUAUUCCACGUUGGCUACCAGCUUACCACAGAGAUCUGCAUUUAGGGCGCCUAAUUUUUACAGUUAUCGUUCGGAUAUAGCCUCGCUUUACUUCACUUGAAAGUUUAGCGAUGAACAAUUUUGGUAGCAGUGUCAAGAACCAAAAAGAAAUGGUAAAUAAUAUACCUAUACUCCAUUCGCUUUUAUUUUAGCAGUCGGUUGGUCAUGGAAAUUUGUCACAUGUCACUCUGUAAAGUACGAAA